AUGGCAGGAGACCCGUUCCUAUCUGACCCUUCAAAGAAACGGAAACGUCUGAACAAGCUCACAAGUACAUCGUCUUCAAGGAACAAAAAAUCCAGAUCAUCUACUCCACAACCUGCAGCAGCAAACGAUGAGGACAUCCCCAGCGCGAGCCAAGACUCCGGGGAGGAGGGAGAAGACUACGACGAAGACGACGACGACGACGAAGGGGUAGGCGCCAGACAGCCGGAAGAUUUAUCCUCAGAUGAAGAGUUUGCCGAAGAGAGCGCAGUUGAUAAGCGAAGAAGGCUAGCUAAGCAGUACCUUGAAAACUUGAAGAACGAAGAGCUUCGGAAUGAGGAAGACUACGACGCCCAGGAUCUUGACGACGAAAUAUUGUCGCGGAGAUUACAAAAGGACGUGGCCGAGACCAAGGGGCAUGUGUAUAAGCAGUUUGGCACGAAAAUCUCGCAGCAGCUCGAUGGCGACCAAGUCAAACUCAUCACCACGAGAAUCGGGUCGAAGAAUUUAACUUGUAUGGCCCUGCGUUACCCUUAUUUAUACACCGUUUCCAAAGAUUGCGAAAUCAUCAAGUGGAACAUUGGCCAAGGACAGCGGAAACCUCAACGAGCAAAACAUACUAAGGGCGGACCCAAAUAUUUCAACCUAGAUACGUCGAAUCCCAAUCUGAAUCAUCAUUGGGAUCAGAUAAAUUGCAUAGCGGCUUCUCCCGAUGGGAAAUAUAUCGUGACGGGCGGGUCGGACUCGCGAUUGAUCAUUUGGUCGAGUGAAAACAUGGUGUGUUUGAAAGUGCUAGAAACGAGAUCGGCCGUGAAUUCAAUUGUGUUUAGGAGGAAUAGCGACCAGUUGUUUGCUGCAUGUGCCGACUUGCGAUUACGAACUUUUUCAAUCAACCAAUUCACGCAGUUGGAAGUGUUGUAUGGACACCAGGAUAAUAUAACUGACGUUUCCGCAUUGGCGAGAGAGACUUGCGUUUCCGUGGGAAGCAGAGAUAAAACUGCCAUGUUUUGGAAGAUUGCCGAAGAGACGAGGUUGACGUUUAGAGGAGGCGAUUCCGUGGAGAAAAAAACCACCAAAAAGAAGAAAAAGGAGGAGCGCGAUGAACAUAGUGCAAGUGGGGAACCAUUCCAUAGCGAGGGAUCCAUCGAUGUUGUCAGCAUGGUCGAUGAGUCUCAUUUCGUCACCGGAUCAGAUAACGGUAAUGUGGCGUUGUGGUCACUAGCCAAGAAGAAAGCCCAGACCACCAAAAGACUCGCACAUGGGUUGCAACCGCGCUUCACUCCUCAGAAAGCCAGUGCUGAAACCGAAGUUGAUCUUGCAUCGAGGCAAAUUCCCGAGCCGCAGCCGUUUUGGGUAACGGCAAUCUAUGCGCCUGCUUAUAGUGACGUGUUUUUCACCGGUUCAUUUAAUGGCAGUUUGAUUAUAUGGCGCUUGGACGAGACGCUUAGAUCGUUUAGCCAGAUUGGACAGAUUGAGAAUUUAAAUGGGUUUAUUGUCAGCAUCGAUAGUGUUGAAAUACCGGAAAAGAAACAAUUGAAGGUUUUCGUUCUCUUGAGUAAAGAGCAUAAAUUUGGAAGAUGGUUCUGUAAACUUCCCGGUGCUAGGAAUGCUCUAGUUAGCUUCACUUUUGACAUCUAA